AUGGGAGUUAUUGAAAUCGAGUCAGAACAACAGUUCACUGAAUUAACCAAAGCCGAUCCAUCCAAGUUGAUUGCACUUUAUUUCCAUACACCAUGGGCAGGACCUUGUAAAACCAUGAAUCAAGUAUUCAAAACCUUAGCUGAUUCCAAAGAAUCAGAUAAUUCAAUAAUCUUUUUAAGUAUAAAUGCUGAUGAGUUACCGGAAAUCAGUGAAAUCUUUGAAGUUAGUGCAGUUCCUUAUUUCAUAUUGAUUCGUAAUCAAACCAUAUUGAAAGAAUUAUCAGGAGCUGAUCCUAAAGAAUUUAUUCAAGCAUUAAACCAAUUUUCCAAUAACACCAACAGCACUACUACCAGUAAUAACGAUAACGUCCAGGCAUCAAUCAACAGCACAACUGCCAAUACCAAUAGUAAUAAUACCACCACUAAUGCUCCUGAAGUGGAGGAAUCAGAGGAAGCAUUAAAUGAACGAUUAAAUAAAUUAACUAAAGCUGCUCCAAUCAUGUUGUUUAUGAAAGGUUCACCAUCUUCACCACAAUGUGGAUUUUCUCGUCAAUUAGUGGCAAUUUUAAGAGAACAUCAAGUUAGAUUUGGAUUUUUCGAUAUUUUAAAAGAUGAUUCAGUAAGACAAGGUUUAAAAAAAUUCAGUGAUUGGCCAACUUUCCCUCAAUUAUACAUUAAUGGUGAAUUCCAAGGUGGAUUGGAUAUCAUCAAAGAAAGUAUUGAAGAUGAUGAGAAAUUCUUCGAACAUGCUUUAGAAGCUUGA